AUGGCCAGGCCAGGCGCAUAUGACGCUGCUGUCCUCGGGGUCGUUGGGGUGGUCCACGCCUCCUCCAAACCAGACAUCAACAACAAGGGCGACCCGGGCCUCGUCAUCGUCCCCGCCAUUUGCAAAUGGGGUGUCUCCGCGGCGGCUCUCUCGACCGCCCAAAGCGGACCCACCCGUCACCCACACGCUGAAGACGAGUGGAAUGACGCCGUCGUUGAGCAAGUGAAAGAACUGGGCGCGUCUGCACCGCCACCGUUGAAAUACCACGCCUCGAAGGUGGUCUCGGAACGCGCACUAUGGGCCUUCUUCGCAAAGCGGCAACCGCACUUUGACGGCGUGGCGCUGCUCGUGGCAUAUGUACUUGGCCCGCCGACCGAGUUCUCCACUACCUACGGUCAAGUCACGGCGUCGUCGUCUGCGCUCAUACCCUGGAUGACAAGGCCCAUGGGGACCGCCGCGCUGUCCGAGCCGUUCUAUCCCUAUGUUGAUUCGUAUGACGCUGCAGUCGCGGCACUCAAGACCCCCGCAGCUGGUGGGGAACGGAUUCUCCUCCAGGCGGGACCCGUGUUCGGGAAUGACUUUGCAUUGGCGGUCCAGCGCGUCCUUCACGAUCCCAGGCUUACACCUGGCAACCCUGACCCGGUGUUCCGGGCACAACUUGAGGCUACAGCGGCAACAUUCGAAACUACAAAAGCCCGCAGGAUGCUGGGACUGGCGUAUACACCCAAGGAUGCGUGUCUGGAUGCGACGGUGGAGGGUGUACGUGAUGUGUUGGCCACCGCAAAGUCUGGUGUGAGGAGGUAA